CGGCAACCCUUGACCCAUCUCCAGACAGGUACAGAAAUCAAGGUGAGGUGAAGUGAGGUCAGAUUACUUGGGUCAGUGAGUGCGGGAGGUCACGCAUACUCCGAGAAGGAGGAAGGUAAACCAAGAAAUAUCAAGAAAGAUGAUCAGAUAAGUGAUACAUGACAACACGCCGUAAACAUGGAAGCUUGUCCAGCUACAGUCACCUUGCUGAUAGUAGUCUUAAGUGUAACAGCUGCUUCUGCUCAAUGGCCUAGGAGUUACAGCCAGCCUUACAAUCAGAGAUAUCACCCUUCAUAUUACAGAUCUCCUUAUUAUGGCUACAGAUACCCAACUCGUCAACCUGUUUACCAGGUAAGAAAUACACCAAGUCCAAGUGAAAAACGACAUGAUACAGGUCAAGUUUUGUAUUCUGAUGUAGCUGUAAGUUCUCUCUCUACAACUGAUGCUACAAGUGUAGGCUCUAUGGUAACAACUGUGAGUCCUGCAACAAGUACAAGAUCAAUGGAUAUAACUGUGAGACCUGUAAUAACAAGUCCCUUAACAACAACUGCUGAAAGCUCUGAAACAACAACUAGUACAAGUACUACAGCAAAGCCAGUAACUACAAUAAGUACCACUUUCCUCUACUACUACUACUACUACUUUUGCUAGUCCCAUAGAAGUUGAAAUUAAAGACACCUCUCCAACAAGUACAGCAAGUCCUGAUCUAACUGGCACUAAAAUGAAUGCAUCAUCAGCAACAGAGAAUGUUACUGAGUCAACAGUCACUCCAGCUGAUAAAGGAGUAAAUCAGACCUCUUCUACAACACCAAUAUUUCAACCUUUUACAAUGAGACCAGUACAUUUUAUUCUUCAGCAUCAAGAGAAUGAAGACAAACAGUUAAAAGUUGAUACUUUAACCACUUCAUUAAAACAAGCAAAUGAACACAUACAAGAGGACCUUCGAAGAGAGAAAACUGAUGAGAUGACCCAUCUCUCGAAUGUCAAAUUUUCCAUCAGUGAACCAGUUAAGGUUUGCUGUGAUGAUGAUGAUGAAGUGCAAAAAUCAGAUCACAAACAUGAAAAGAGUGAUGUUCUGGUAGAUAACACAAGCAGAGAUAAAAUUCCAGAAACUGAAGGAAUACCAGAAACAAUUGAAGGCUCUUCUACUACAGAGAAACCAGAUCUUCAAAAGUUCUUCUUUAGUAACCUUUUUGGUCCUGGUGGCUUCUUAGGAAGGCCAAGACCCCAGUAUCAUUCAAGGCCAGUCCCAUUACCACCACCACUUCAAAGACCACAAAAGCAGGCAGAUCAGCAGUACCAGCAAGACGCA